CUGCGGGGAGGGGGGCCGGGUUGGCGGGGGACCUGGGGUGAGCGUGUGCCGGUGCCGCCUCUCUUCCAGCUGCGGGACUUCCUGCUGGUCUACAACCGGAUGACCGAGCUCUGCUUCCGCCACUGCGUCUCCAACCUCAACUACCGCCUGCUCACCGGGCGCGAGGAGACGUGCCUUGAGAGCUGUGCCGGCAAGCUGGUCCACGCCAACCACCGCUUGAUGCGCGCCUACGUGGCGCUGAUGCCCUCCCUCGUGCAGCGCCGCGCUUCCGACUAUGAGGCCAGCGCAGCCCAGGCGUCCCAGAUCUCCGCCACGGAAGGACCGGCGGCGGUGGCGAUGCCUGCCCUGCCAGGGGCUGGGGGACCAGGAACCGCUCCUGACCCGCUGGCAGCUCCGGGCCCCAGCGGACCCUCGCAAGGGGCUCCGGGUGCUGGCACGUAGCACAGCUGUCAUCCUGGGUUGCACCUGCCGACGACGGCAGCAGUGGGCCAGGUGGCGACAGGACGGAGCCAGGCCCCGCGUUACCGGCGGGAGAAGUAACGUCUCGGUGCUGUGGUGCGGUCUGGGCCUCCGCAUGCUGCCGGCAGCCCUGGGCCGGAGCCGCAGAUCCACUCUGCGCCCAGACCUGGCCUUGAGCGUCUGCGUCCUCUAGGGCAUCAGCAUUGAGAGCCUCCUGGCAGUGGCCAAGCCUGUUCUGUGCCAGCUGGGGCUGGUGGGGGGUGCAGAGGGCACCAAAAAAGAAAUGGCAGUGUCUGCCCUUCCAGCCAGGGGAGUUCCCUCCUGAACUGUGUCCUAACAGCUCCUGUGCUGGGUUUUCCUGCUCCAGACCUGGGGCACUAGUA